UCUCCCCCUCACUCUUCUCGGUUUGUGUAUCUAUUCCUCUCCUCACGCCCACACACUCCCAUAAACGCGACAAAUCGUGAGACCUCGCAAAGCUCAAAUCCUGAGAUUAAGUUCCUCACUUUUCGGAUCUGGUUCUACCCUUUUUUGGAUGAACUCGUGUAUCAUCGUCGGAAAUGGACCCUCCGCUUGUGAGCGAAUCUUCCUUCACUGCAAAUCCUUCGUCCUAUACCCUCUCUGAGAUUUGGCCUUUCCCUGCCAACGACGGCCUCCGCUCUGGGCUCCGUCUAUCGAUUAAUUCCGGCGGAAAGGCUGAAUUUUUCGGCAACAAGGACAUCUCGGCGGAGGAAUCUACGGUGACGGAACACAGCGGCGGCUGUGGAGGAAGAAAGAGGAGGGAUUUGAACUCCGAGGACGAACCUUCCAAGAUGGCCUCUUCGAGCAGUAGCGGUAAUGGGUUGCAGAAUGAAUUGAGUGAGAAGAAGAAAAGGAAAGUUUCUGGAUCAGAAAGAGAAAAUGGGGAUGUUGCAAGACCUGAAGGUGAAACAAGUUCUGGUGGUGGGAGCAAAGCAAUGGAACAAAACAGCAAACCCGAGCCACCAAAGGAUUACAUUCAUGUGAGAGCGAGAAGAGGACAAGCUACUGACCGGCACAGUCUAGCAGAGCGAGCUAGAAGAGAGAAGAUCAGCGAGAGGAUGAAUGUUCUUCAAGAUCUAGUCCCGGGAUGUAACAAGCUUAUCGGUAAAGCUCUUGUGCUUGAUGAGAUUAUUAAUUACAUUCAGUCAUUACAACGGCAAGUCGAGUUUCUCUCAAUGAAGCUAGAAGUUGUUAACUCGGGUAUAGGCGUUGGUCCUGCAGGUGAAGUUUUUCCUUCUGGAGAUCUCGGCUCUCUUCCACUCAACGUUCAGAGGAAUAUAUUCGGUUAACGAGAAGCCAAUGAAACCCGAGGGCCACGACCAGAGUGGCUGCACAUCCAUGCUGAUGGAAACUCGGACCGAUCUUCAUAAAUCUUCUCAUGUUUAUUGUAAUUAAUAUCACUUUGUAGGCAAUAGAGGGAGGGAUGGGAUUCGGCCCUAUUCUUUUCUUUGUAUCUUUUUAACUAAAUAAAUCACCAGAUCAUGAUUCGUGAGAUUG